CACCACUAUCCUACACAGCUUAUCAUAAUUCGACAGUACAUUCACUCCCGGUUACAACCUGGACAAUGGCAUCCGCAGCCACCACUUCACGCCAGUCAGCACUACACCUCUCAGUCCCGCUCCCUCCUCUGCGCCCAUCAUGGUCAGAAGAGAACGUAUCACUCAACUUGGGAAUAGACGAGGAUGAAUCUCCUUCACCCUUCUCUGGGGCGCGCACACCCGUCACUCCCCUACCUCAAGUCAUGGAUGGUCGUGACGCGUGGGCGCGAUUCUCUCUUAGGGACGACGACGACGCCGAGAGCGUUGUUGGUGAAGGAGACUUUGAUUGCCAUAUCUGCCUGCGGACCGCCACCAACCCGUGCGUGACCCGCUGCGGACAUCUCUUUUGUAACGACGACCUCGAACAAUGGCUGCGAAUACAUCCGCGUUGUCCCGUUUGCUCAUCCUUCAUCUCCCUACAACACGACGUCGUUAAAAUCUUUGGACGAGGGCGUGAACGGCGACGCAGGUCCUCUGCUUCAGAUGCGAGCACCGCACCAGAGACGAGGAAAAGCAAGCCACCUACUGCGCCCUCCAGCGCGGCUUCCCUCCCUUCUCCACCAGCAACGCCCUCCCCUGUCCGUCCACCUGCGCUCUUGCCCGAUCCAGCGACAAACCUGUUCUCCGCCUCUUCAGUCCGAAGAAGAGCAGAACCCAAAGACCGGCCUUUUUCCCAACCGCCCCAUCCGCUGCUCAUUGACCACCUCCUGCGACACCAGUUCGCCCGCCUCCUCUCUCUCGUCGCCCUUGUUUUCUUCCUCCUGCUCAUCGGGCGGCUUCAGUGA